AUGUUGCCGCAACCUAUCAACAUCCCUAAAUGGAUUGCUGAGAAUGAACAUCUGCUUCAACCGCCUGUGAAUAACUACUGCCUGCACAGAGGAGGUUUUACGGUGAUGAUUGUGGGUGGUCCGAACGAGAGAACUGAUUACCAUAUUAAUCAAACUCCGGAGUGGUUUUACAUGUACAAAGGAGAUAUGUUGCUGAAGGUAGUGGAUGACGGGGAAUUCAAAGAUAUUCCUAUCAAGGAGGGUGAAUCAUUUUUAUUGCCUCCGAACACCCCUCACAAUCCCGUCAGAUUUGCGAACACCAUUGGCCUGGUUUUGGAGCAAGAUAGGCCCGAAGACGUGGUUGACAAAAUGAGGUGGUAUUGCUGGAACUGCAAAGCUAUCUGUCAUGAGGCUCAAUUCCAUUGUGUUGACCUUGGGACACAGGUCAAAGAGGCGAUCCUCGCAUUUGACAAAGACAAGGAUCUCAGACUUUGCAAGAACUGCGGUUCUCUAAACUACUCAAAACCUCAGUGA